AUGAAUCCAAUGUUAAAAGCAUAUACACCAUCACAACAAGAGAUGGUGUAUCAUGAGAUGGCAGCAUCCACACCACCAAGCAGCUACUCACCUCUGUUUCGAGCUUAUGGCAAUUACCAUUAUGCCAGCGGAGGCAGUGGCGGCAGCAGUCGGUACUGCAUCGAUCCGAUGGAGGACGACCAGAUGGACGUCAAACUCUACGAGCAGACACAGCGAUUCAUUGGCCGCAUCCAGUUCCUGGAGGAGGAGAUCAAUCGCAAGAAGGAGACCAUCGACGGCCUGCAACACCAACUGACCAAGUACGAGCAGGAGCGCCAGGCCGAGAAGAAGAAACAGAGUCGCUACUGGACGCCUGAGGAGCAUCACCGCUUCCUGGAGGCGCUCAGCAAGUUUGGCCAUCGCGACGUCAAGUCCAUCGCCAACUUUGUCGGCACGAGGAAUGCGACACAGGUGCGCACACACGCACAGAAGUACUUUCUGCGCAUUGAUCGCGAGCGACAGAGGAAGCUGGAGAACAGAGAGUCCUUUGACAAGGACGAUCGCAACAAUGACGAGUGGCUACGUGAGGACUAUGGCGAUGACAUUGACAGUCCAUCACUGCUCUCAUCCAACAACUCAUUCCACACCAACUCACCCGGUUCCAUCAUACCAAUCAAUCCAUUCACAUCAUCAUCAUCCAUGAACUCCUCUGGACAAAACUCUCCAAACUUCAAAAGAAAGAGAGAGACUGUAUCAAUAACAGCAGCACAAGCAAAGAAUGCACAAUUGUACAAAGAAUCAGUAUUGUCUGCCAUGCCAUCCAACUGGACUGCCGUAGACUAUGAGUACUUUUCACGUGGAUUGAUAUCAUUCAUUGAUCAGGAUGAUACUCAUACUCUGUUUAAAAUGAUCAAGGAUCAGUUCUUGAACCAUCACUCGAUUGAGACUAUUGAGAUGGCUUACAGGGCAUUCCUAAAGGCCGUCAACCAUAAGUCAAAGGAGACCAGUCCUUUGAAUUCUCCAGGUGGCAGUGCAAUGCACAGUGGUUCAUCAGCAAUCAACAAUCCAAACAUAUCACUUAACAAUAACAACAACAACAACAACAACAACAUGACACCAUCCAAUGGCUCACCAAACAUCGUUCCACAUCUUGCAUUACCAUCCAACCUCAACAACAGCACCAACAACUCACCGGAGCCAACAUCGCCACACAUGUCUCGCAACUCACCCAGACUCUUCAAGAAGAGGAUACCGCCUGUAAAUAUCAACCGACCAGAGUAUACAUCGCAGGUCGUCCCGCCCGGCCCUGUGCCCUCGCCAGGCUCACUGUAUGGAGGCGGAAUGCCACCCUACAUGACCGGCUCGACCAUGAUGGUGCCACCAGGAUUGCCUCUGAUGCACCCAUCGUCACCCAACACAGCCAUGUGGACUCCACGUUCUCACCCAUCAUAUGAUAUCCGUCGUCUGGAGCCUCCUCCCUACCCAUCGUUGAUGUCAACCUACAUGCCUCAGAUGCCAUUGUCUAUGAUGGGCGAUGGAGGCGGCGGCGGUGGUGGUCUUGGCCAGCCAAUGGGCGGCAAUGACUCUCCAAACAAUGGACAUCAUUGGCAAGGAUAUGGUAGUGUUGAUGGUCCAGGUGCAUCGUGGAGCAUGAACCAGACCAUCUCUGCAUUCUCACAUGCAAACAUCAAUAGCAACAACAACAAUGGUGGUGGUGGAGGAGGAAACACAUCAUCAUCCUCAUCCAAUGAGAGACAUGAGGGAUAA